AGAGGCCACGGGAGCUUGAGUUUGAGUGCCGACGUCAUAUUUGUGCGACACUUACAUGAACACAUGCACCAUGCGUGUAAAAGAUAGAGGUAUAUGAAGUAAUACGUAUGCUUUUAGUGAUAGCUAUAUUGUUCACGAGAAGUUGAAAACAUCGUGGGUUGGCAUGGCUGGAAACACGCUGCCGUUUAAAUCAAAUUAUGCAGUCUCCAGCAAAAUAGAACCGUUCUAUAAGGGAGGUAAAGUGCAGAUAAGUCAUGAUGAGCAGUACAUAUUUUGCACAUGUGGUCCAAGAGUCAACAUUUUACAGAUCGAUACUGGAAAAAUUAUCCAUAGCAUUGAGCAGGAUGAUCAAGAGGACAUCACCUCAUUCUCUCUCAGUCCUGAUGAUGAGAUUCUGGUGACCGCCAGCAGGGCUCUGCUCCUGAAGCAGUGGGACUGGAAGCAGGAGAAGUGCACUCGGUCGUGGAGGGCCAUCCACAAUGUGCCUGUGGCCAGCAUGACCUUUGACUGCACCUCCACCCUGCUGGCUACAGGUGGUUGUGAUGGCACCAUCAAGCUGUGGGAUGUUGUGAAGCAGUACUGCACACACAAUCUGAAAGGAUCAUCUGGCGUUGUACAUUUGGUUGAGUUUCAUCCAGACAUCAGCAGACUGCAGCUCUUCUCUUCUUCUGUGGACUGUGGGAUCCGGAUCUGGGACCUGAGGACCAGCAAGUGUAUCUGUGUUUUGGAGAGCCACUACAGUGCCGUCACAUCGCUGGCCUUCUCUCCUGAUGGCCAAACUCUAGUUAGUUCUGGCCGAGACAAAAUCUGCUCGGUUUGGGACCUGAAGAAGAAGGCUGUUAAGAGGACUGUCCCUGUCUAUGAGGCUGUGGAAGGUGUUGUUGUUCUCCCUGGGAAGAGCGAUUACUCUCAGAUGGGUGUGAAGGGUGAAGGUUUACACUUUGUCACGGCUGGCAGUAAAGGUGUUCUUCGAGUGUGGGACUCCAGCUCAGCGCGCUGUGUGUUCACUCAGACGCUGCCUGAUGCUCCGGCUCUCAACACAGAGGAGGGCGAUUUAGACCCGCGCAGUCUGAUGCAUCUUCUGCCCAUGCCACAGUCCAACAGACUGGCCACCGUCACCGCAGAGCACAACAUCCUCAUCUAUCAGAUGCCUGCUCUCACUGUACAGCAGCAGUUUGUCGGCUACAAUGAUGAUAUCCUGGAUGUGAAGUUCCUGGGGAAGGAUGACACACAUAUAGUUGUGUCCACUAACAGCUCUCAGCUGAAGGUGUUUGAGUUGGCCACUAACAGCUGUCAGAUUCUGUAUGGACACACAGAUACCAUCUUAUCAAUCGAUGUCUUCCGCAAAGGUUCCAUGUUUGCAAGCUGUGCAAAGGACAAGUCCCUGCGGCUGUGGAAAAUGGAUCUGAAGAGUGGCCACGUGCACUGCGUGGCUCAGGGCAGCGGACACUCCAAUGCCGUGGGCUCUGUCGCCUGCUCCAGGUUAAAGAAAGGCUUCCUGGUGUCGGGCAGUCAGGACUGUACUAUUAAGCUGUGGGAUUUGCCUGACCCUCUUCCUGAUGUGGGAUGUGAACCGGUCUUGAUGACGGCACGACUCACAGAGAGAGCUCAUGACAAGGAUGUGAACAGCGUGACCAUCUCUCCCAAUGACAAGCUGCUGGCCUCUGGCUCUCAGGAUCGCACGGCUAAACUCUGGUCACUGGCGGAUAUGAGUCUGUUAGGCGUCUUCAGAGGUCAUAGUCGAGGUGUUUGGUGUGUUCAGUUCUCUCCUGUGGACCAGGUCUUGGCCACGGCCUCAGCGGACGGCUCCAUCAAAAUCUGGAGCAUUCAAGAAUUCAGCUGCCUCAGGACGUUUGAUGGACAUGAUGCCUCUGUGCUAAAGGUCAUAUUUGUCAGUCGAGGAACUCAACUAGUGUCUAGUGGUUCUGAUGGCCUUGUGAAGUUGUGGACCAUAAAAACAAACGAGUGUGUGAAAACAUUUGAUGCUCACCAGGACAAAGUGUGGGCUCUGCAUGGCAGCAGCAAAGAUGACCUGAUGGUGACGGGAUCAGCUGACUCCACCAUCACACUGUGGAAGGAUGUGUCUGAAGUGGAGCUGGCAGAGGAGCAGGCCAAACAAGAAGAUCAAGUCCUUAAGCAGCAGGAACUGUCAAAUUUACUUCAUGAGAAGAAGUAUCUGAAGGCUCUGGGAAUCGCUAUCUCUCUGGAUCAGCCGCACACUGCAUUGCGAGUUAUCCGAGAAAUUCGGCAGCAGGAGGAUGGGGUACAGGAGCUAGAAAAGACCCUCCUGAAGCUCCGUCAGGAUCAGAAAGAGUCGGUGUUGCGAUUCUCUGUGGUGUGGAACACUAAUUCCCGCAGCUGUCUGGACGCUCAGGCCGUCCUGCAGGUGCUGCUCACACACCUGAGCCCAGAGGAAAUCCUGCAGUAUCAGGGCACUCGUACCCAUCUCGAGGGCCUCAUACCGUACACAGAGAGACAUAUGCAGCGGAUUGGUCGUCUCCUGCAGGCCUCAAUGUUUCUGGAUUACAUGUGGCAGAAAAUGCGUAUUACGGGUGGUAAAGACAGUGUGAACUUGGAUGAUGAUGAAGGGAUGGACACCAGUCCUCAAUCCAUCUUCAUCGUAGACAAGCAACCGAUGGACAUGGCAGACAUUCCGGGAUCUCUGCAGCAACAAGAAGAUGAAGAGGAAGAUCUGGAGGAUUCCGAAAAAAGAGAGGAGCUUCUUGAUGAAGAUGAAAGUGUCAGCACAUCUAAAAGCGCUCAUGUGAACGGCAUGAAACCAAACGGGGUGAACAGUGCCGUAGAUGAAGGUCAGGUGUCCAGUGAGGAGAGUGAAGACGAGGAUGAUGUCAUGGAAAUGACCACCAAAUCUACGGAUUCAGACCCCUCCAAAACAGCAGAUAUAAGGUGAUUGGCUGCUGUGUCUGUCAAUCAUGAGUUUUUUUUUAUUCAGUACUGAUUGUUGAAUUGAUGGAUUACUUAUGAUCUUUCUGAAUGUUCUGAUUCAUCAACACAGUGUCGCUUGCACUCAAACAGGGGUUUCCUGUUUGUAUAACCACACCAAUUGCAAAAUGCUGUUAGAUUGCUUUUUUUUAUGUAGUUUUGUCAUUCUUCAAAAUAAAUCUAUUGGAGAAGAAAAAUAAAUUGUAUUCCCCUCAAUGUGUUGGAAGUAAUAUUCAGCUUGGAGGUAUAUCCUAAGUUAAAUAUGCUUGAAAAAGCAAAAAUUGUUUAUAGUAAUGUUUUUGCAAUUAUCUGGAAGUCAAUGGGCAACAUUUAUUAAUAGGAAUAAACGUUCAAAUUAA